GAUGGUCGGAAGGAAAGCAAAGCGUCAGUGACAUGAUCCCGGUGAAGAGCACAUAAGAUACUUUUACACUUAUUAAUAUUUAAGGACGCUUAUUCCUUUCUAAAUCUGAAGGAUUUAUUUACUAUUUCCUAGCAGUCGAUAAAGAGAGAACAGAAUGGCAGACGCAUUCAGUCUUCAGAGGGUGUUAGAAACAUUUAGAUCAAGCUUGAGUGAAAAUAAGGAGGUUUACAUUAAAUAUUAUAUAGCAGGAUGGCAAGAACUCGUCAGCUUCAUGAACAGCCUGGGCAACGUCUUUUCCUUCAUCUCCAAGGACGUGGUCAGCAAAAUCCAAAUCUUGGAGAACUUCCUUUCAGGAGAGAAUGGUUCCCAUUACGCCACCAUCCAGUCCAUGGUCAAAUAUGAGCUGGAGAACGACCUGGUGGAUCUCACCAAGAGAGGCAGCUAUCCAGAAUCGGGUUGUCGAACACUCCUGAGGCUCCACCGGGCUCUUCGCUGGCUGGAGCUCUUCCUGGAGAGACUGCGCACCAGCACCGAGGACAGCAAAACCUCCGUCAUGUGUUCUGACGCCUAUAAUGAGUCUCUGGCCAACCAUCACCCCUGGCUCAUCCGGAAAGCUGUUGGCGUGGCGUUUUGUGCCCUUCCGGGACGUGAAACUUUCUUUAAUGUGAUGAAUGCAGGCGAUCAUACGCAGGUGGUUGCUCUUUUAGGAGAGUCUUUGCCACUUAUAGCUGAAGUCUAUCAGAUUACAGAAGACUUGUAUGCCAAGAACAACCUCCUGGAGUUACCAUAGAUGUAUUUUUAUGUCUUCUACAUAAUCCCUGUGGCACUUACUCACUUAUUCACCACAAUUGUAGACUUAUUUUCUGAAGGGACAUGCAAUAUGCAGGUUUAUUGCACAUUUUAAAGGGAUAGUUCACCCAAAAAUGAAUAUUUACUCACUGUUUACACUUCCUCAAGUGGUUCUGAACCUUUUAUGUAUUUGUUGCUUCUGUAGAACAUUAAAGAUGUUUUGAAGACCCAUUGUAGGAGAAUCAAACACAUUGAAAAUAUCUUCUUUAGUGUUUAACGGUAGAAAGAAACUCUUAAAGGUUCAAAACCACUUGAUUAAAUAGUGAGUAAAUGUUCAGUUUUGGGUGAACUGGCCCUUUAAGCAAGGUUCAGGUCAUUUAACUUAUCAGCUACUCUACACUACAUUCUGUUUACUGAUAUUUUUGAAAUAUACUGGCUGUAUUUUAAUAUACUUGAGCGUAUGGAACAAAAUCAAUCUAUUGUUUUGGUUUGAAGGAUGAUAGAUAUAUAUCUAAUUUUGAAAUGAUGUAUAAUUUAAUAUAUAGGUCAUUUCUUCGUUCCUCUUGAUGUUGAUCAUUUUAUUGCAAGGGCUUUUUUUUAAUUACUUGAAUUUAUGUUGAAUGUGUGUGUGUGUGUGUUACAUCUACAGCUUUGCUGAAACUACAAAGAGGGAAAUUUGGCUGUAUAUGUAAAUAUAGACUAUGUAAUGUUAUGGAAACUAUGAAAUAACUGAAUAAAAUAAAAUAAA